CUCUGCGAGGAUGCGGCAGUGAGCAUGCUCAGAGCGCUGAUCGUUACCAUGGCGAUAUUCGGCAGCGGCGGCGGCCAGGCGUGCAGCGGCCAGGACAACUGUUCGACCAACGAGUCCAAGGACUACUGCUACUCGGCUCGCAUCCGCAGCACGGUGCUUCAGGGACUGCCGUUCGGCGGCGUGCCUACCGUGCUCGCCCUCGACUUCAUGUGCUUCCUGGUGCUGCUCUUCGUGUUCUCCAUUCUGCGUAAGGUGGCGUGGGACUACGGCCGCCUGGCGCUGGUCACCGACGCUGACAGACUGAAGAAGCGUUUCAGCGACCACGAGGAGCGGGAAUACGUUGCCUCGGCGAUGCACUCGGAGACACCCGACCGCUACGAACGCCUGACAUCCGUCUCGUCCUCUGUCGACUUCGACCAGAGAGACAACGGUUUCUGCUCGUGGCUGACGGCCAUCUUCAGAAUAAAGGAUGAAGAGAUCAGGGAGAAGUGUGGCGAGGAUGCGGUCCACUACCUGUCCUUCCAGCGCCACAUCAUCGGCCUGCUGGUCGUGGUCGGGGUCCUCUCCGUUGGCAUCGUCCUGCCCGUCAACUUCUCCGGAGACCUGCUGGAAAACAACGCCUACAGCUUUGGACGCACCACGAUAGCCAACCUGAAGUCUGGGACCAACCUGCUGUGGCUCCACACUACAUUUGCCUUCAUGUACCUUCUGCUGACCGUCUACAGCAUGAGGAGACACACCUCCAAGAUGCACUACAAGGAGGACGACCUGGUGAAGCGCACUUUAUUCAUUAACGGCAUCUCUAAAUACGCCGAGGAGAGUCAGAUCAAACAGCACUUUGAACAGGCGUACGAGAACUGCACGGUGCUGGAGGCUCGGAUCUGCUACAACGUGGCCAGACUGAUGUCUCUGAACGCAGAGAGGAAGAAGACGGAGCGCAGUAAGAAGUUCUUCACCGACCUGAUGGCGAAGGAACACGUUCCCACGAUGAUUAACCCCAAACCCUGUGGACACCUCUGCUGCUGCGCCAUCACUGGCUGCGAGGAGGAGGAGGCCGUCAGCUACUACACCAAGAGAGAAGCCAAGCUGAAGGAGGAGUACCGCAAGGAGAAGGAGAAGGUCCACACCAAGCCGCUGGGCAUGGCCUUCGUCACCUUCCAGAACGAGUCCAUGACCGCCAUUAUCUUGAAGGACUUUAACGCCUGCCAGGUCCAGGGCUGUCGCUGUCAGCAGGAGCCUCAGUCGUCUCAGUUCAGCGAGGUUCUUCACGUCCACAACUGGAGCGUGUCGUACGCGCCCGACCCGCAGAACGUCCGCUGGGAGCACCUGUCACUGGGCGGGAUCUCCUGGUGGAUCCGCUGCUUCAUCAUCAACGUCAUCCUCUUCCUGCUGCUCUUCUUCCUCACCACGCCCGCCAUCAUCAUCUCCACCAUGGACAAGUUCAACGUCACCAAGCCCGUCGAGUAUCUCAACAACCCGAUCGUGACUCAGUUCUUCCCCACUCUGCUGCUCUGGGCUUUCUCCGCUCUGCUGCCCACCAUAGUCUACUACUCCGCCUUCUUCGAGGCUCACUGGACCAGGUCUGGAGAAAACAGGACGACGAUGCAUAAAUGCUACACCUUCCUGAUCUUCAUGGUUCUGCUGCUGCCGUCUCUCGGCCUCAGCAGUCUGGACGUUUUCUUCCGCUGGCUCUUCGAUAAGAAGUUCCUGGCUGAUGCCAAAGUCCGAUUUGAGUGCGUCUUCCUGCCAGAUAACGGAGCGUUCUUCGUGAACUACGUGAUCGCCUCGGCGUUCAUCGGGAACGCCAUGGACCUGCUGCGGAUCCCCGGCCUGCUGAUGUACAUGAUCCGGCUGUGCCUGGCGCGCUCGGCUGCCGAUCGCCGAAACGUCAAGAGGCACCAGGCUUACGAGUUCCAGUUUGGAGCGGCGUACGCCUGGAUGAUGAACGUCUUCACCGUGGUGAUGGCCUACAGCAUCACCUGCCCCAUCAUAGUACCCUUCGGUCUGAUGUACAUGCUGCUGAAACACUUGGUGGACCGGUACAACAUGUACUACGCCUACCUGCCUUCCAAACUGGACAAGAAGAUCCACUCGGCAGCGGUGACCCAGGUGGUGGCGGCGCCCAUCCUCUGCCUCUUCUGGCUGCUCUUCUUCUCCACCGUACGCACAGGUUUCGAGACGCCGACGUCGAUGUUCACCCUGGUGGUGCUGAUCGUCACCAUCGUGGUCUGUCUGUCCCACGUCUGCUUCGGACAUUUCAAGUACCUCAGCGCCCACAACUACAAGGUACACACUCGGAUUGACACCAAGGAGACCGAUGUGGAUGCUGUAGAGAAUGGGCGUCCCGUUCGUCCCUCGUCCUCCCCCACCAUCAAAUCUCAGCAGCAGCAGCAGCAGCAGCAGCAGAUGUACAUCGCCCAGGUUCUCCAGGACCCAAACUUAGACGACCCGGCCGGCGCCUGCAGCGGCGAGGAGGACCGGGGCUCGUCCCAGGACGACGAGAUGCUCAACGGAGGGAGCAGCAUCAACGAGGCGGAUUUUCAGUCAGGGGAGGACAGUCUGAUAGCCAACGAGGUCCACCAGUAGCUGGGGGCGGAGCCCCCCGCGGGAGGGGGCGGAGCUAGCAGCCAGAGAGCCGAGCUGAGCCCACGCAGACGGACUAGCUCCGCCCCUCCCGGCUCGAAGACUCGACCCUGACCUUCUGCCGCCGCCGGCCGGCUCGCCAACACCCCCGAGCCCCGCACCGAACUGUCUCCCCCGGAGCUCGCUGUACAUAACCACGACGACACGCCAAACCUUCCUCCGUGUUCCUCUCGGGGGGGUAAAAGGGGGUCAAACAUUCGUGCCUGGGUUGGAUUUUUUGCUUCGUUUGCACUCGUGACUUUUUUUGUUAGGACUCCCGAACUCUCU